ACAAGUGGUGGUCGGCGUCUGUUCUGACUUUUACAGGCUCAACUGCAUCUCCUCGCCGAAUUCUUCUUCCCGACCAAAAUUGGGAUCUCGUGAUCUGGCAAUGGCUGCUACCCUAACGGGCCUUCAAGAUCAUAUCAAGCUCGCGCGAGAGUACGCGCUCGAGGGUCUCUACGACACCUCCAUCAUCUUCUUCGACGGCGCCAUCGCUCAGAUCAACAAGCAUAUGAGCACUCUGGAUGAUACUGAAAUUCGUGCAAAAUGGAUGAGUUGUAAGAAAGCUAUUUCUGAGGAAGUAGAUAUUGUGAAACAAUUGGAUGCUGAAUUAAGGGCUUUUAAAGAAAUUCCAGGGACAAGGAGGUCCUCUUCACCCCCAAUAUCAGCUAAAUCCUCAUUUGUUUUCCAACCAUUGGAUGAGUAUCCAGCAUCGUCUGGUGCCUCUGAUGAUCCUGAUGUUUGGCGACCACCCAGCCAAGACUCUCAGAGUAGAAGACCAUCAAGAACCGUUCGGCCUGGUACAAGGAAUUCCAACCAAGAUGCUAAAUGGGCACGUGGUUCUUCUAAGACAGGAACAAUUGGAAGGGCAGCUAACUCCAGUGCAAGUAAAAGUAGUUCAAAUGCAAGGUCAUCAGCUGCUGCUGGUAAGAAGGGAAAAUCAAGCUCUAGUAAGGUUGAUUCUCAGAAUGGUGAUGCAGAAGAGGGAAAACAGAAAAAGGGGCAAUACGAAGGUCCUGAUGCUGACUUAGCUGCAAUGCUUGAAAGGGAUGUCUUAGAAACUACUCCUGGGGUGAGAUGGGAUGAUGUUGCAGGACUAAGUGAAGCCAAAAGACUCCUAGAGGAAGCUGUAGUUCUUCCUCUAUGGAUGCCUGAGUACUUCCAGGGAAUUCGACGGCCAUGGAAGGGAGUUCUAAUGUUUGGCCCACCUGGUACUGGAAAGACUCUUUUAGCAAAGGCUGUAGCUACAGAAUGUGGUACAACAUUCUUCAAUGUUUCUUCUGCUACACUGGCUUCAAAGUGGCGUGGAGAGAGUGAAAGGAUGGUGCGCUGCUUGUUUGAGCUUGCAAGAGCCUAUGCUCCAAGUACAAUAUUUAUUGAUGAAAUUGACUCUCUUUGCAAUUCUCGAGGAGCUUCAGGUGAGCAUGAAUCAUCUAGGAGAGUGAAGUCAGAACUUCUAGUUCAGAUUGAUGGAGUCAACAAUAGCUCUACUGGUGAAGAUGGUCAAAGGAAAAUUGUGAUGGUCUUGGCAGCUACCAAUUUUCCUUGGGACAUAGAUGAGGCAUUAAGGAGGCGGCUGGAAAAGAGGAUUUAUAUACCUCUUCCUAACUUUGAAAGUAGAAAAGAGCUUAUAAAGAUAAAUCUUAGAACAGUUGAGGUAGCUGCAGAUGUAGAUAUAGAUGAGGUAGCCCGUCGAACCGAAGGAUACAGUGGAGAUGAUCUCACAAAUGUUUGUCGUGAUGCAUCAUUGAAUGGUAUGAGACGCAAAAUUGCUGGUAAAACCAGGGAUGAGAUCAAAAACAUGGCAAAAGAGGAGAUCUCAAAGGACCCUGUGGCAAUGUGCGACUUUGAAGAAGCACUAGCCAAAGUCCAGAGGAGUGUUUCCAGUGCUGAUAUAGAACGCCAUGAGAAGUGGUUUUCAGAGUUUGGAUCUGCAUAGGUGCGUCUUGUACCGAUACUGAAAGACAUCAGAAUUGAUUUUGAUGCUUCAGGUUCAUCGGCAUUAAAGUAUUGCAACCGGAAAAGUUGCUUUAUGAUCUGCUCUAUAGUUGGGUGCUGACAUGCAUAAAUUAUUAGCUGAUUAAUUUGUGGCACGGAUGCUGUGUUAAAGCUUUCUCAAGCGACCAUGUUUCUAUAUGAGAGUCUGUUUGUGAGCUGUGAUUUGUAUUUCUACGCCUUUUUUGUUGUAUUUUCCAACACUAGAAUGUUGUCUUCCAAAAAACCUUUUAGUGCAGUAGUCUCUGAGAUUUGUUAAGUGAACA